CGGGGGCCGGGGCGCGCCCACGCACUGCGCGCCGCACCUUACCGCCCGCCUCGCGCCAGUCAGCAGCUGUGGCUCGUGUUGGCUGAACCAUCUGUAGGGCCAUCCUCUUUUUCUUACCGUAGGACACCUAAUUCAACACAUACACAAUGGCGGAUGAUGAUAAAAAGCGUCUCGAGGAGGCGAAGAAGGCCAAACAGGCCGAGAUCGACCGCAAGCGCGCGGAGGUGCGCAAGCGCAUGGAGGAAGCUUCCAAGGCCAAGAAGGCGAAGAAGGGUUUCAUGACCCCCGAGAGGAAGAAGAAACUCAGGUUGCUGCUGCGUAAAAAAGCCGCUGAGGAACUGAAGAAGGAACAGGAGCGCAAAGCGGCCGAGAGGAGGCGCAUCAUCGAGGAGAGGUGUGGUAAACCCAAGAACAUUGAAGAUGCUAACGAAGCAAUGCUCAAGAGAAUAAUACAGGAGUAUUAUGACCGCAUGUAUGUGUGUGAGGGCCAGAAGUGGGAUUUGGAACAUGAAGUCAGGAAAAGAGAUUAUGAGAUCUCCGACCUGAACUCCCAAGUCAAUGACCUCAGAGGAAAAUUCGUCAAACCUACACUCAAGAAGGUGUCCAAAUACGAGAACAAAUUCGCCAAGCUCCAGAAGAAGGCCGCCGAAUUCAACUUCCGUAACCAGUUGAAGGUCGUCAAAAAGAAGGAGUUCACCCUUGAAGAAGAAGACAAAGAGGCUAAGAAAGCGGAGAAGGCUGAUUGGGCUAUCGGCAAGAAGUAAACACUGUAACAAGUCUUCACAAACUUAACCCAUCUAAAUAACACCCCAAAUCAACUAUGAUGGAAUUUAUUUAUUACAUAUUAAUAUAAGAAUACAUUUCUUUGUAUUAUUUAAAAUAACUUAUUUCAAAUACCCGAAUGAUACUUAAAAUACUAAGGUGAGAAAAGUUUGGGUGAACUCGGUGUACUUGCUUACGCUUCGAGUCCUCGCACUCAAUGUUAUAUUCUAGUAUAAACGAGCCCCUGCUUCGCAAACCCUGAGGUUCCGUUUUUAACUAAAUAUGUAGAACACUAUAGGGUGCUAAUAUAUAUUUAUUUAGCUUUUGUAACUAACUCUGUACAUUAUCUUUGGUAGGUAAUAAUUAUUUGACGUAAAAAAAAAAACUUUCAAACCCGAAAUCUCUUGAGAUGGCCGUAUAAAAUAAUAAAGGUAGCAGUAGCACACAGCACAAAGGUCCAGAACACACGUAUACGUACAUAACAACAUUAUACAGUGUUUGAUUAGAUUACAUUGAGCGGUGUGUUAAUGUUACCAUAUUUCACAGGGCGGCGUCGGAGGAAAG